ACACACCAGCUGUCCCGGCUACGCGCUACACCGCCUUGAGAGUUGAUCAUUUGGGGGAUUUCCGAGAAAAACUGGAAUACACCACAGUCAUGUGAUAAGGCCGCCAUAUUGGACGUCUGGUUUUCAACGCCACACCACCAACACUGGUACUGGUGAUUAGAGCUUAGUGGUUGCGUCGCUGCCGCCAGUUGUGCUUGUGUUGUGUUCACCUGAACUUUAGGUCAGUAAACACAUUAUAUAUGUUAUUGAGUUCACGUUGUGUUUUAUGUAGGUUAGUGGUUUAGUUCAGAAGUUAGAUCCCUGUUAAACUGUAUAUUUCGGGUACCUAGCAUGGCAGGCCCUGAUUAGAUAGUCGUGUAAUAGGUAAAUUCCAAGGCAGUUUCCCCCUUUUAAAAAAUUAUUAGUCAGAGACGGGGUGACCUUUGUACACCGAGCCAACUCUGAAAAGUAUACAACUAUAUGUUUUGUUUGUGCGUAUACGUCUUUAUGUGUAUGUUUGCAUGUGUAUGUUCUGUAUGUUUGUAUGUGUGUCUGUCUAUGUACGCGUAAGCUUGUACGUGUAUGUUUGUAUGUGAACAAGUCGAUAACUAAAGUGGCGAAUUUUUUUUUUUAGCUUCUAUGUGUUGCGGGUUACGUGUAAACAAGCUAACUGCGUGGGCAGCUUUUAAACAACAACAGCAACAGUCUAAACAACAACAACAGCAACAGUCUAAACAACAACAACAACAACAGCAACAGUCUAAACAACAACAACAACAACAGCAACAGUCUAAACAACAACAACAGCAACAGUCUAAACAACAACAACAGCAACAGUCUAAACAACAACAACAGCAACAGUCUAAACAACAGUAACAGUCUAAACAACAACAACAGCAACAGUCUAAACAACAGCAACAGUCUAAACAACAACAACAGCAACAGUCUAAACAACAACAACAGCAACAGUCUAAACAACAACAACAGCAACAGUCUAAACAACAACAACAGCAACAGUCUAAACAACAGCAACAGUCUAAACAACAACAACAACAACAAAAACCAGGCUUAACAACGCUAUAUAGUAAACAUGCACCUCUCUGUGUGUGCUAGGUCAGACCUGUGUCCUACUGAUAUCAAUUCUUCUUAUCACCUGAGCCAUUUAAUCUGCGUCUGCCGCCUCACUGUUCCUAUCACUCUAUCUCUCACUCCUGUAUACCUCUUUUUUUUUUCUCCAUCGCCAUCGCUUACAAGUUAUACGCUAUUUGAGCCUGUAUCCCCCUACACGUCUCCCUACAUCUCUCCCGACAUGUCUUCCUAUAUGUCUCCCUGCAUGUAUCCCUACAUGUCUCCCUACAUGUCUCGCUAUUGUCUCCCUACAUGUCUCUCUACAUGUCUCCCUACAUGUCUCCCUACAUGUCUCCCUACAUGUCUCCUUACAUGUCUCCCUACAUGUCUCCCUACAUGUCUCCCUACAUGUCUCCCUACACGUCUCCCUACACGUCUCCUUAACUCACGUUAUUUUAUAAAGAUAUCGUCAAAGUUGUUAAUUAUAACAUCCCAGCGUGUUAUCAUUUGUGUGUGCUUCCAGUUGUAUCUGGUGUCCAAUAUCGACUUAGACGUUAUUCCUUAACCCAAAAAGCCGUGCUUGACACCGCCCUCCCUCAAAUCAACCUUUGUGAGUGCUACCAUUUCAGCUCUGUGGCGAAUCAAGUUUAUUUUCUGUAUUUUUGAAAGUUUGUAAAACAUAACUUCCUAGACAUUUCCCAGUAAGAAACACACAGAAUGUCAAUAUAUAUAUACACAUACAUUUUGUUGUUAAGUAAUAGUUGAAUAUAAAGAGUUAUUUAAAAAAAAACAAUGUAUGGGCAUACAUUUUAACUAUCAUUCAAAUUCUAAUUUAUAUUAUAAUUAAAUUUCUAUAGUGACUGUAAGUUUUCCAAAAAUUUAAGCCUUCAUUGUUCAGGAAAAGUUUGAAUAUCUCACAAAUCCCCCCAAAAUAAAAAGAAGAUUUUGAAAAUAAUGUUCAUCUUCAUAUAAAGGCCUUCAACAGGUCUAAAACUGACAAUGCCGGUUCCAUGUUGCUUGUCUAUUGUGCAAUGCUGAUGCAUGUUGCUGGUCUAUUCACGUCAUGCUGAUACAAACCCAGUGGUGCCAACAACGUCUCACCCGUGACAUGACAACAGUGAAACCCGCCUAGCACCCCUCUCUAAAAAAAAAAAUGUAAAAAAAAUUCAUACAUUUGACGCCCUGAGAGGUAGAGAAUUUUGGCGCCCUAACUAAACCAAAUUUAGAAUUAGAGAAAGAUGAUUUUAGUCUAAAACUUUUGUUGACUCAGCUUUAGGGGUCCUCUACUGAAUAGCCAAUCAGUCGAUUUUGUGAUGGAAAAUGCAGGCGAUACCCUCACCACCAUCACCCUUAUCUUUAUUGACGCACGAGCUUAUUUUGAUUUGAUGGUAACCCCCCCACGGCUCACUUUCCCCACGCCUCACUUUUCCCACGCCUCACUUUCCCCACGCCUCACUUUCCCCACGCCUCACUUUCCCCACGCCUCACUUUCCCCACACCUCACUUUCCCCAAGCCUCACUUUCCCCACUCCUCACUUUCCCCAUGCCUCACUUUCCCCAAGCCUCACUUUCCCCACGCCUCACUUUCCCCACGCCUCACUUUCCCCACGCCUCACUAUUUCCACGUCUCACUGUCACCACGCCUUCCUUAUCUUCCUUAACGUCAGCCAUGCGUAUCACCUCCUGCAAUGAUAUCAUCGCUUGAGUGAGCAUCCUUUUCACCGGUGUGGAUCACCUACAAGUGGUUAAUGCAUGGCGUCUUAUUUUUUUUCAAUCUUGUUUGGUGUAAUUUCAUACCUCAGUUUAGCACACACGCGUAGCAACGCUUCCAUUCCCGUGAAAAUUCAUUCUUAUCACGAGUGAAUAUUUUUCGUCUUGGCCCAGUGAAGGCAGUACGUAGAGCUAAACAUUGUGAGACCGGUUUAAUUUUUCGUGAAAAUUUAGGAUAACCUUGACAAGGUCGUGUACAGUAAGGAAUCUUGACCAUCCUUGAGCUACGGAUCUAUAAAAGGUUGGUAAAAAUGUUGGGUGGGGGGGGGGGGGGUGGGGGGGGGGGGGGGGGGGUUAGGUGAAAUAAUGACGAGUCUGGGGUAUCUCUAAUUAAUGCUGCGCACUGGAUAAAUGUGUGUAUUGUGCGCUGUGGGUUUUUUUUGAGCGAUUUAUUAGUUAAUGAACGCCUUCCCGCGUUUUACAACGUGGCGUAUUUUUUUAUGCUCAUUAUGACGUAUUGUCUCGUCUGUUUUGUGACGUACGCGUUGGUUGGUGAGCAAGUCGUGGAAAGGACUUCGUAGGAGAUAGUUGUGUGUUAUUCUCUCUGAUAGCGAGCUGCGUUAUAGAUGUGUUGAUGAAAUGUACAGUCUGUGGUUAUGUUGAUAGAUUAACGUUGCAUUAGUUGUGGAGAAGGAUGAGUCUUCAUUCAGCGUUACUGUGAGCAAUGUGUAAAAGAACAUGAUCAAUUAAACCCAUCACAUUAUACCUUGGGAGUUUGACAGACAGGUCAAAUAACAAAAAGACGUUUCGAGUGUUGCCGGAUAAACGGGCCCCCCAUCUUACGGGUAGGGGCGACACAGUCAACGAUGAUAUAGUGGUGAUCAAACUCAUGUGUGGAGUUUCAAAAUCACCCCAAACCCCUUGUUUUAGAAGAAAAAAAAACAGAAACAAAAAAAUCUGGGAUUUAAAGAAAUGAAAAUGUAAAGAGGUCUUUUGUGACAAGGAGCAACCCUGUCAAAAUAAUUGAGGUCACUGCACGUUUCUCUCAUUUUAUUUUGAGAGGUUGUGGUAUUCAGGCUAACAGUUGUUUAGUAUAUAUAUAAAAUAUUCUCUGUCCUUCUGAGCUGAAACACUGGUUCAUUUUCGGGAUGAUCUGCUUAACAAAAGUUCGCAUUUUUAUGUUUACCGUGCGCUUCUCAUUAUUAAUUGUUCGUCUGCUCCUAUUGGUUCAGUGAUCUGUUGUAGAAUCCACACUUUGGCUGGCGUCCAGGUCUGUGUCUGUUUUCUCGUCUUUUGAGUUAGCCUAUUUCAUUAACUUCAAAACAGUUGAAGAGUUUGUUUAGAAUUUAAAACUUUUUUCCUUCGCACAAAUGAUAGACUUCGUUUUUUUUUAAAUAUCCUCAAUUAUUACGAAAGCCCAACAUGAUGACGUAAUUAUUCCACGUGAUUAUAGUAUAUGAAAUUAUGUACAAUAUUUUCUGUUACCUACAAAUUGUUUUGGAACAAAGUAUUAUGGUACAGUGGUGUGUUUGACGCAUUUCGUAUGGCUGACUAAUUCGAUUAGUAUCACAAGAAUAAUGCUCAGUUCACGCGAUCAAACUUUCGCUCAUACAUUUGAUGCGAUUUUUUGUAUGAAGCCUUGUCACAACUUUCAAAUGACUAUUUGAUCAAAGUCUCAUGUUUAAAAAAAAAAAAAAUUGACGGAAAUUUGAUCGUGUGACCUGAGCAUUAACGUCUGAUCCAGUUCGACUGAGUAAAUGAUAUAUUUUGAUUGCACAAAGAAGCCAUAGUUUCAUAAAAGGAUGAAAGGUACAGAGAUCUAUGAACAAGGGAGUAUAGACAGUAGCUUGGUGGUGGGGUGGUGACGGUCCUCCCCAGGUGGCACAAUAUCUACGUAAACCGCUUAUUUUAUUUUGUAAAAAAAAUAUGACACAUUAUUCCGCUUCAAAAUUGUCUACAAAGUGUUUAAGUGUUUAGACAGUAAACAUUUCGGUAUUUAAUUGUGUUCAGUCUUUUGACUAAACCUUUUUCUGGUUGAGACUCAAAACUUAAUGUAGCAUUAUUUUUUUUUUCAAAUGUUAAUAAUUUCUCUCUUAUUUUUUUUUCUUCCAGAAAGUAUUAUUAACAAUGGUUCCUGAAUCGGGAAAUCUGCUUCUUGCAGGUAGAACCGGGAAUGGGAAAAGUUCUACAGGAAACUCAAUUCUUGGGGAUGAAAUAUUCACAGCUGUUAGCUCCGGUGGGGCAGAAGAGAAUAACUCCCCACAAAAAAAUUCAAAUGGUAUUUUCACCGUUGUGGACGGAACUGGUAUCGGCGACACAGGGGACGAUUCCAUAGGUGGCACCACAGCUGCACUUGCGUCCACGAAUUUGGCUUUCAAGCUUUGCGAUUGCGUCAUCACUGCUCUGAUCUUCGUCUUGAAAUUCGGCGUGCGGUUCACCAAGCAGGAGAAGGACGCGGUGCAAAGGAUAAAGUCUCUGCUCGGUGAGAACAUCUUUAAAACCCAUGGCGUCAUUGUGAUGACGUAUGGUGACAAUUUUAACCGCAGUGGGGACAGCCUGUCGUUCGAUUCGUGGUGCAAACAACAGUCCGGCGACUUCAAAGACCUCCUGAUAGAAUGUAACUUUCGAUGUGUUCUGUUUAAUAAUAGAUCAAAAGACAGAACGGUACAAGAGGAGCAGCGCAGACAUCUUUUACCGUGCAUCGGUCAGCUACGCACGCCGUACACAUUGGAAGAUUACCAAAAAGCUUCAGUCCGUCGUGAGGAAAUUGACGCAAAACUGAAAGCAUUCAAACAAAGGUCAAGGCAGAUUGAUGAUAAUCUUACAAACCGGAGCUAUACAAGUGAAAGGGAAUACAUAGGUGCACUUAAUGACCUGCGGGCUCACCUGCACUAUUUAGAAGUGCUGGACAACUACACAGGCCUCAUGCAAGAUUCCAUUGACUCGGUCAAGAAUUUAAUCGCCAUUUUAGAAAAUGAAUUACUAGCAAUGGUGGCAAAUAGAAGAACUAAGAAGAUUUCUUGGAAAUUAAUCGGUAUCUUGAUUUUAGUAGGAGCUACAGCCACUUUCAAGUAUUUUGAUUUCAACCCAUUGGAUAUUCUAUUCUCCAUUUUACGCUAUGCUUUUUAAAUAUAUUCCAUAAACAUAAACUUAAAUAAAAUUAUCUGGACAUUGUUAUAAAUAAGGUUUUAUUUAUGCUUUCUAAAGGGAUGUGUUUGCAAGAAAUGUUUACCAUAAAAAUUGGUUGAAAUUUGUUUCGCUUUAUAUUUGUACGGUAAUACUUAGUGUCAAAUAUUACAGUAUUGAUGUGAUAAGACGCACAUUUUUAUGGGGUCAGCUUUAAGUUCCACUUCAUGUCUUCUGAAAGUAACUUACAUUUAAUCUAAUAUUAGCGUGCUGAUUUACCCGUCGUGUAAGGAGGGGAAAGAUAUAGCGGUGCGCAACAAAACGCUU